AUGGAGCACGGACAGCCCGCCUCGCCCGCGCUCUCCGCCACGUCGUCGAGCCGCUCCAUCACCACGCCCAGAGCCGCCCUGACCCAGCUCCCCUCGCUCUCGACAGAGUCCCUACCCAACCAGCCCACACAACAACACCACCACCACCACCACCACCACCCCAACCACCACAGCCACCAGCAUGUUGCGAGUGCCGACGAUCCGCUCCACUCGCUGACCCCCUCGUCGCUCCUGCUGCCGCCCUAUCCAAAGACCGCGCCCACUUCGCCCAACAUGGCAAACAUGCAGCGCAACAACACCACCCUCGGCGCAGUCGGACUCGCCAGCCCAUCUCGCCUCGCACACAUCGCACCCAACAUGAUGGCCAGCAUGUCGAAUCCAGUCACCGACGGCCUCGGCAUCUCGUCGUCCUCGGACGCAUCUUCCAGCAGCGCGGCGGCAGCGGCAGCAGCAUCGGCAUCGGGAGCAGCGCCAGGACAGGCCCAGCCGACGUCCGCCUCGUCCUCAUCUGCGCCAGCAGGCGCGGGUGCCCCCAAUACGAGCGGCGGCGGCGGCGGCGGCGGGACAAAGGAGACCUGGAAGAAGCGCAAACAGGCGCUCCUGGCCGAGGCCCGCAACCACAGCGUCGCCAACCUCCAGCUGCACGGCCUGCGCCCGCCCCCCAACCCCUACUACCCGUACUACCAGAACUCGUCCAUCCUCGGCGCUGGCGCCUUCGCCGACCCCUACAGCCACGGCCCAGGCUCCUCGUCUUCGGCGCGACACGACGCGGCCAGCGCCAACGAGGCCACCCUGGCCUCGCUCAGGACGGCCAUCCUUCGCCCAGACGAUCCCAAGCUGCGCAACGACAUCAUACGCAUGGUCGACCAGUGGCUCGCAGACGAGGGCUUCGGUGCCACCCGCCAGGUCCUCAUGGACGAGGCGGGGACAAAGCAGCGCGAGAGAGAAGAGGCCGGCCUCGACGCGCGCAAGCUGCGCGGCUGCCUCCUUGAGGGCGACUGGCCCGAGGUCGACAAGCUGCUUGGCAAGCCGCUCGUCAAGAACCACAAGGCCUUCCUCUACGCCGUUUACAAGCAGCAGUUCCUCGAGCACAUCGAGCACCGCGAGUUCCAAAAGGCCUUCACCUUCCUCAACAAGCGCCUCAAGCCGCUCGAGCACUACCAGCCGCACUCGUCCGAGUUCCGCGACCUAUGCUAUCUCCUGUCGGCCAAGGCCGUCACCGAUGCGCCGUCGUUUGCAUCCUGGGAAGGCAUCCAGCCGGCGCGGGAGAAGCUCGUGAUGGAGUUCGCUGCCAUGCUCGAGCAGGAUCGCCUGGAUCGGGAGGCAGGGAUGCCUGGGUCAGCGGGGCCGAGCAACGGGGGACCCGGGCUGGGCAGUGGCGGCGGUGGUGGCGGCGGCAACGGCGGUGGCGGGCCAAACGCGUCGAGCACCGACCUUGUCAGCGGCGGGGCCGAUGGCGAGGACGGCACAGGCGUCGACAGCAACGGCGCUGGGUCGUCUCAGGGCGGCGGAGCGGGCAAUGCCUCAGGCGGCGGGGGUGCAGCCAACGGCGGCUACGUCUACGUGCCACCGCGCCGGUUGAUGACGAUGCUCCACCAGGCCGUGGCCUACCAGGUCGAGUUUGCGCGCUACCAUCCGAAAAAGGCGCCUGUCGUCUCGAGCCUGCUGCACGACUACACGGGCUUCAUUGUGCCCAACUCGGUGCAGCACACGAUGCGCGGCCACCGCAAAAACGUCAAGAGCGUGCGCUUCGUCGGCGAAGAGGGGCGCAAGAUUGUCAGCGGCAGCAGCGACAACACGGUGCGGCUGUGGGACUCCAACACGGGCCGCUGCGACGCCGUGCUCGAGGGCCACCGCAGCAGGGUGUGGGAUGUCGACUCGACGCGCGCGGGCGGGCAGGUGGCCUCGGCGUCGGGCGACUCGACCGUCAAGGUGUGGGGCGUCGACGACGGGCAGUGCCGCACCACGCUCAAGGCCGGCCUCGGCGAUGUCUACUGCUGCCGCUUCCAUCCGGACGAGCGCCACCUGGUCUCGGCGGGGUACGACAAGCUGGUGCGCAUGUUUGAUGUCGAGACGGGCUCGAUCAUCAAGACCUUCACGGGCCACCAGCUGGGCGUGUCGUCGGCCAUCUUCAACCCGCUCGGCAACCUGAUUGUGACGGCGUCCAAGGACACGACGAUCCGCUUCUGGGACGUCAUCUCGGGCCUGUGCAUCCGCACCAUCACGGGCCACCUGGGCGAGGUGACGUCGGUCGAGAUGAACGAGAACGGCUCGCUCCUGCUCAGCUCGUCCAAGGACAACUCGAACCGGCUGUGGGACGUGCGCAUGCUGCGGCCGCUCAAGCGCUUCAAGGGCCACCAGAACACGAGCAAGAACUUUAUCAAGUCGUCGUUUGCCCACACGUCGCUGCUCGUCGGCGGCAGCGAGGAUGGGAGGAUCUACAUGUGGGACCAGGAGAGCUCCGAGGUGUUGCAGACGCUCGAGGGGCACGGAUUCGACCUCGACUACGACUGGAGCCGGGGCGGUGCGACGGCGGGCAUGGGGCCAGGCGGUGUUGGCGUCGGAGGCGGGUUCAUCGCGGGUGGAAUGCCCACCUGGCAGCUGCCCAGCGCCGCCGACUCGGAGGGCGGCACGACCGCCUCGACGGCAUCGACGACGGCGGGCAGCGGCGCCACGGCCGGCGUCGCCGGCGGUUCGACGACGACGGCGACGGGGCAGGCGGGCAGGUACGACUACGCCAUGGCGAGCACGACGACCAACAACAACGUGGCGUACGGCGCCGUGUGGAACAAGGCGCAGAGCCUGCUCGCCUCGUGCGGCGACGACGGCACCGUCAAGACGUGGGUCUGGGACGAAAAGAGGGACCACGACGCCAUGGUCGACCUCAUGAAGCGGGGCGGAGAGGCUGCGGCCGAGUAG